UUGAAAUUAGCAGAAAAGAACUUAGCCGAUCUACUCCCUGAACAAGUAAGAACAAAGAAACACAAUUUUAAAAAAAGCUACCGAAGGUGUGAUUCCAAGGCUGAGGUCUCCAGUAGAUGACCCUGGGCUGAGCCUGCCUAGCUGUGAGGGAUAGCCUCUCCUACCUGUGGGGUGAGGGCCCCCACUGCAGCACCCAUAAAACGCUGCGUGUAGCACACCGCUACAAUUGGUGACCCCGACGAUCCAAACGAUUUUUGGACCAGAAAUGACCGACGCUGCCUCUGUUCAUGCAGUUUCGUUGAAACUGCCGGGUUUCUGGACACAGCGCCCGGACCUAUGGUUCCAGCAAGCCGAAGCCCAAUUCCACGUUCGCCAGAUCACCUCAGAAGACACCCGCUACUACUACGUGGUGAGCUCCCUCGACCAGGAUACAGCGGCCCAGGUCACGGAGUUGCCCCCGGCGGACAGCAAGUACACGGAACUCAAAGCCCUGCUCCUCAGGACUUUCGGACUCUCACGGCGCGAGCGGGCUGCCCGUUUACUGCACCUGGAUGGCUUGGGCGACAGACCUCCAUCGGCUUUAAUGAAUGAGAUGUUGUCUCUCGCCGACGGACACACACCCUGCCUCAUGUUUGAGCAGGCAUUCCUGGAGCAGCUGCCUGAGGACAUACACCUGCUGCUGUCCGACGCGGAUUUCAGUGACCCCCGGAAGGUGGCAGCCCGGGCGGACUUGCUGUGGAAUGCCAAAAAGGUGAGCGGGGCGUCCAUCGCACAGAUCUCCCAGCCACGCUCCCGGCAGCAAACCAGUCCAGGCCCGGCCGCAGAGCCCGCCGACCCCCGGCCCAAUGAACACUGGUGCUUCUACCACCAGCGGUGGGGCGCAGAAGCCCGCCGUUGUCACCCGCCCUGCAAGUUCCCGGGAAACGCCAGGACCAGCCGCCGCUGAUGGCUACGGCGGCUGGCCAUCGGGAUAGCCUCCUGUAUGUGUGGGAUAGAAGGUCGGGACGCCGGUUUUUGGUCGAUACUGGGGCUGAGAUC